UCAGAGAACAUCUGACAAAACUAUCUGCCAGUCUGACUCACCCUUCUUUUGUGGACUUGUUACAUGAAUACUCAACACAGACAAACACAUGCGCGCACUCACUCACCGACAUGGAUGCACCUAGUAUGACCGAUGUGGAGUUUGUGUGCGCUGGUUCCCACUGUGGUUGUGACAGCAUGGCAGCGCGGUCGUUAAGGGUGAGCUGCUACUCUAGUCCCUGGAAGUUGAAGCGCUUACUAAUUUGGUUGGCGGCGGUUAUGAUUGCGCAGUGGCGAACACCAUCAGUUUCAGCAGAGUCUGGGGGACUGGGACAUUGGGAUCAAAGACUAUCACAGCAUUAUCACAAGGCUUACAGGAGGCCGGGGGACAUUCUGACAGGUCGCUCUUUUGGGGGGUUGGCAACUGACGAGAAGAUCGAUGCGGUCCAUGGAGGAAAAGGGGCUGGCUCCGAACGAUGGAGGCACCUCAGGAAGCUAGAGUGCGUGGGCAAAGAGCAUAUAGGUGGGAGGGAUGUGCGUGUGCGGGACCCCAAUCGGCGGGGCGACCUGGUUUUGACUCUCAAUCCUGAGAGCUUUCAGGGGCUGCAAUGCGGAAAUGCGGCUUCUCGACGACGGGGGCACCUUAGGAGGCUACAGUUUGUGGAGGAGAAUGGACAUGUACAGGGGAGGGACGCGCAUGUGAAGGACCUGUGGCACGACGGCAAGCGUGUUCAACAAUGGAGGCACCUUAGAAAGCUAGAGUAUGUGGAGAAUGCACACGCUCUGGGGAAGGACGUGAAAGUGAGGGACUUGAACCAUAUCAACCCGGUUUUGAAUCUCAACCCCGACAGCUUUGCGGGGCUGCGACGCGGCGACAAGGCUUUGCUGGUUAAUUUCUACUCGACGGCGUGCAAGAUGUGUAAAGAGCUUGAACCAACUUACUCAGCUCUCGCCCGCCAUGUGUUGAAAGAUCCUUCCUUCCGGUUGCACGUUAUAAUUGCCAAGCUCGAUGCGGAUAUGUACAAAACGCUUGGCACGUUGCAACGCAUCCGUGCGUUCCCCACCAUCAAAUUCUUUCCUAGAGGGGGGAAGCAUCCGAAGGAGUACGACGGUGAGCGUUCGUUGGCGUCGCUCCUCUCCUUCCUGGAAGGUCAACUCAGGCUGAGGAACUUUGGCCGAGUGUACCAGUUUGACUUGCUGGCCCGAGAAUUUUAUGAGGCUCCCAGUGACCCGAAAAGAAUACGAGCGUUUGAGAAGAUGGAAGGCCAAGCGGCCUCCGUGAAAGAGAAAGACGACGUGCGGAAGUGUGCAAUGAUUUACACAGACAUCAUGAGGAAAUCUUUAGAAUAUGGUUUGCAGUAUAUCCAAGAGGAGUAUCAAAGGGUGGACCGACUUUUGGCAGUUCAUAUGCCAGCCAACGAGUACGAUGAGGUUCUCGCACGGAAGAACAUACUCCAAGGUUUCACGUCUGAUGCUCAGAUAGGCUAAACCAUCCAUGAUUCAUCCAUCUUUACCCAUAAAAAAAGCUAUGCCACGGAGAAGGAUUUAUCGGCGCCAUUGUUUCUUCUCUACGUUGAGUUAAUGCUCGGGGUUGCGGUUCACUCGUCUAUGGUGUGCUAUCGAUGUUUGCAGAUAUUUUCUAUGGUGAUGAAUGAAAUGUCUCCAUCUUC